AUGAAAAUUCUAGGGCUGAUCCUGGAACUGGCCCUGGUCUGUAGCCUCCAAGCUUAUAUCGACUUGGGGAACAUUACAUCACAGCUUACUGGAGAGUGGUUCACUAUUGCAUUGGGCUCAAAUGUGACACAAAAGAUUGAGGAAGGAGGGAGCUUGAGGUUAUUUAUCAAAAAUAUCAGUGAACAAAAUGGUAUACUAAAAGGAACCUUCUUUAAAAGGCAAAAUGGAAAAUGUGUUCAGUUCUCUGUGUCUGCUAAAAGAGAACCAGGAAGUCAAAUGCAAGUGGAAUAUGAUGGACUUAAUAAGGUCUUCCUUCAAAGUAUAGACUCUACACAUGCCAUAUUUAUCUUGCAUAAUUCCAACGAUGGGAAAGUGACUACUUUAGCAGAACUCUAUGGCCGGACUCCAGACCUGCCAAGUGAAAUGAAGAGGAAAUUUGAGGAAAUAUGUGAAACAUUUGGGAUUAGGAGGGAUCAAAUUAUAGACAUGAGCAAUGAUGAUCGAUGUUCAAACCUCAGCUGAAGUUUAUGCUGGUUUACAGGAAUUCUUUUAAUCCAACAACUUUGUGUUUCUGGAAAUGGCUUUUACUUUCUCUAAAGAAUUGCUAAUAUGGAUUAUGAAAAUUUUCACUACUUUUCUGUUUCCUCCUCUGGCCUACUGGAGAAUUCCUCAUCCCUGCUCUGCCUUUUCAUGGGCAGGACUCUUGGGCGAGACCUUUUCCUGUAAAUGUCUAAUAAAUAAUUAAUCUAGUA